AUGCGACGGCAACUUCCCUUCUCCGCGCUCACUCUGGUGACGCUUCUUCUCGCCGCCAAGGCUCAAGAAUCUCAUGGCGUCGAGACUGAGACUAUUUAUCAGGAUUCCAUUCUCAAUGAAGCGCCUACUGUCGUGGGUAACAAGGAUUACCUGGAAGAACCUCCCGAAGACCCGCGCACCUUCUACUCUGACCUGCACCCAUGCCCUCGCGCAUGCGAUGGCAAGCACUCGGACGAGUGGGAUCUUUUCACGUCUAUCGGUAGACUCGAGUACUGCAUAGAGCCGAUGCUCAUCGAUGUGGCGCUUUACAAUCCGCUGGAUGAUAAAGAGACCAUCACAGCCAUACGUGCCUGCACUCAAGGCAAUGCCAACAGUCGCGUCAACGCCGCUUUCGGACUCUCUGAUGUGCCAGAGUUUCAUAAUGCCUCUUUUCUCAACCGCCGCAACAUCCUAAGUCGACCUCGGCGCUCAUCUCUCGAGUGUCCCGUGGGCAAAGACAGAUCAACGGUGAUUCAGCUCAGCAUGUCUGGGUCAAGCCCAAAUGAUGGUCAUCUGGAUGCGGCCGUCUUCUUGCUCCAUCAAGUCUCAGAGCUCUUUCAAGAGAGCGCUACUUGUCACACAAAAUCGAUGCUUGGAUACUUGAAUGGUACUGUCGUGGGAGUUUAUGCCGGAACUUCCAUCAACAAGGCUUCCGUGCACUCCGUUCUGGAGGAGAUUACACCUCGUCUUACAAAAGAAAGAGUCGCCAAUGCUACAGCGCAGAUUUGCGACUCGAGCGGGAGCGCAAGCGAUGUUGUUGGAGUUGCUAUAUUUUCAAAUGGUGAUCUCGCGGCGGUGCAGGACUCUCUGCGGCUUUGGGACCGCGUUGACUGCGCUGCGAAUCUUGCAUCGGCUCAAGAGCUUCCCGUGGUGGUUCAGGCUGAAGCACAUCUCGCAAUCAACCAGACAAUGACCAGCAACACUGCAUUGUACAUAAAUCAUACCGGCUCUCAUGUAUCUGAGUUGACACGUCGCGGGUCGUGUCAGACUAAAGAGGUUCAAAUGGGAGAUGACUGCUGGAAGCUGGCAGUUAGUUGUGGCAUUUCGCUCCAGAAUCUCAAAAAAUACAACCCCGACAAGGGCUUGUGCGAUGGUGCGGGCGGUCUCUUGGAGGGAAUGCAAGUCUGCUGUUCUGAGGGAGGUUUGCCGGAUCGCAGUAAGAAGCCUGACAAGGACGGAUAUUGCGCAUCAUACUACGUUCAACCAACCGACACUUGCGCCAAGAUCGCCACGGCAAACGGCAUCACGACAUCAGACUUGGCCAAAUUCAAUGAGGGACGACAUGGGACAUGGGGCUGGGCUGGUUGCGGCGUCAAUCUCCAAGCCUACAUAAACAUUUGUGUCAGUGAAGGACUACCACCAAUGCCAGCGCCAAUCGCCAAUGCGGUAUGUGGCCCCGUGAAGCCAGGCAGUACGCGUCCAACUGGAUCAUCUGCAGGCUCUCUUCUCGAUAUGAACCCGUGCCCGUUGAAUGCAUGCUGCAACGUAUGGGGAAACUGUGGUCUUUCGGAUGACUUUUGCUUGGAUGAACGCGGACCAACAGAAAAUCCAGGAACGUCACCACGGGGGAAAAUUGGUUGCAUCUCAAAUUGCGGAAUGAGCAUAGUCAGCUCCGGACCGCCUGCAGCGUAUGGUCGUGUUGGCUACUAUGAAUCGUGGAACUUCGAGCGCAAUUGCCUCUAUCUCAAGGCAGAGCAUGCUAAUACGGGCGGAACCUAUACAAUCAUCCACUGGGCCUUUAUGGAAAUCGAUACUGAAAACUGGAAGCCAAAGAUCAAGGACCCUCAUGGGCAAUGGGAAGGUUUCAAGUCUCUGACUGGCGUCAAAAAGGUUAUUUCAUUCGGCGGUUGGGGUUACUCAACUGCGCUGGAAACCUAUGGUAUCCUACGCCAGGCAAUGAGCCCUGCUCACAGGCUUCAGUUUGCGGGAAACGUUGUCAAGUUCAUCAUCGAACAUGGUCUAGAUGGUGUUGACUUCGACUGGGAGUACCCUGGUGCCACUGACAUUCCAGACACACCACCCGGCAGCCCUGAAGAUGGCCAAAACUAUUUGGCUUUUUUGAUCCUCAUGAGUAACAAGAUUCAUAGACAGCCCCCGUAUCACUACACGCUUUCGAUAGCCGCACCGGCGUCUUUCUGGUACCUGAAGGCGUUUCCGAUCGAAGUGAUGUCUUGGUACCUUGAUUACAUUGUGUAUAUGACAUACGACCUGCACGGGCAAUGGGAUGCGGAAAUCAGUGGUCAAGUGAGGGCUGCCCAGCUGGAAACUGUCUCCGCUCGCAUAUCAAUCUGA